GUAGGUAAACAGUCUAAGCACUGUUGCUUGUCUAAACGAAAACUUUACAGACUGUAAUACAAUAAGGAAUCUAAUCGACCGCUCAUUAAAAAUAAGUUACUGUUUUAAAUAAUUUAACCCUUUCAAAAACUGCGCUGAAAAUGAGUGCCAGAAGCAAUGGGGUUAGUGUGUUUGUCCGCACUAGACCGUCUGCCAACUUUGCUCAAGAUCUCAUUGAGUGUUUACCAGACCAAAAGACUAUUAACAUCCAUAUGAAAAAAGACACUCGGAGUGUGGUCAACAACCAGCAGUGUGAUUGGGCGUUCAAGAUGGAUGGUGUUCUGCACAACGUGUCACAGAGUCAUGUUUAUGAUAUGACUGCAAAGAACGUAGUAUUGAGGGCUCUGGACGGCUAUAACGGUACAGUCAUGUGUUACGGGCAGACUGGGGCUGGUAAAACCUACACAAUGACUGGAGCUACAGAGAACUACAAGCAAAGAGGAAUCAUUCCAAGGGCUCUCCAACAGCUCUUUAGGGAGACAGAGGAGCGGUCUGAGCAAGCCUUCACAGUAUGGAUAUCUUUCCUGGAAAUCUACAAUGAGACCCUAUUUGACCUGCUCUCCACCUUGCCGGAUGCUGACUCCAGGGACUCACAGAUGACCAUAGUUGACGAUGGAAAUGGGGUUCGUGUAAAGGGCCUCUCCGUCCAUUUGACCAACAAUGAGGAGGAAGCCUUGAAUCUACUCUUUGAGGGGGAAACAAACCGAAUCAUAGCAUCCCACGCUUUGAAUAAAAACUCCUCCCGAUCACACUGUAUUUUAACUGUCUACAUAGAGUCACGCUCCCGAACAUUGUCAGAUGCCAAGUACGUCACCUCUAAACUGAACCUUGUGGACCUGGCAGGCUCUGAGCGGUUGGGAAAAACUGGGUCUGAGGGCCAAGUCUUGAGAGAGGCCAUGUACAUCAACAAGUCAUUGUCCUUCCUAGAGCAGGCCAUCAUAGCGCUAGGAGACCUCAGACGCGAUCACAUCCCCUUUCGGCAGAGCAAGCUAACCUAUGCGCUCAAGGACUCUUUGGGUGGAAACUGCAACACAGUAUUAGUGGCUAAUAUCUAUGAGGAGGCUGCCCAGAUAGAGGAAACUCUGUCCACUUUGCGAUUUGCCACCCGGAUGAAAUGUGUGCAGACAGAACCAGCUGUGAAUGAGCACAUUGACCCUGUGCUUCAGGUAAAGAAGCUUGAGAUGGAGAUUAGGCAACUGAAGGACGAACUGGCCAUCCAUGAUUCACUGGCUAACCGCAGCCAAGUGUCAUACGACACCAUGAGCGAUACCCAGAUUGCUGAUAUUAACUUUCAGGUCCACAGGUACUUGGAGGGAACUACAGAUGAGAUUGAAAUUGUUAACAUCAGACAGAUUCAGGAGGUGUUUGCCCAGUUCAAGGUAGUUUUACAACAACAGGAGCAGGAGAUUGAGGCCAAGAUCCGUCAGAAGUACACUCUAAUUGACAGGAGCGACAGUGCUGCCAUUGCAGCGGCUGUGAAGGCAGGACAUCCAGUCGACAUGGUUGGAGAAGUGGACGGGCAAGGGUUUGGGAUCGGGGUCGCCCCUUCAGCGGGUAAACACGGUGUCUCCUCCAUAGUAUCUGCAAAGAAGGCAAAAAUGAAGAAGGGCAAGGAAAUUAUCAGCCCUGGUAGGAAGGAUGGGCUGGUGAGCCCAGGAGAUGGGAAGGAAGUUGAGAUGGGCUCUCUGUCGAAGAUGUACCAGCUUGUCUCCUCAAUGAAGGACCUGGAAAGCAAGGAGCAGAAGGAGCAUGACGUGCGCAGCAUUGAGUCUCAUCGCUCAGAGUCGGCAUGCAAGGACGACCACAGCCGCCCCAAUUCCCCUCCGCCCAAGUCAGAAGCCUUCGAGGAUUUCAAAUUGGAGCGUGGGAGUGAGAUAAACCGCAUCCUGAAGGAGAACAAGUCGAUUCUCCUGGAGAAGAGGAAGAAAGUCAAAGAGCUCAUGGACAUCAUCAACUACACCAAGGAGGAGAUUGACAGCACCAAGCAGGCCUUGCUGGCCAAGAAACAAGACCGGCAGCUGCAGGGAGAGUACGUUAACGAGGAUGGAGAGACUGUGAUCGAUGAGGAGGAGUUUGAUCUCAUCAUGAAGCUGAAAGAGUUGAAAGCCAGCUAUCGCUCCAACUAUGAUGAGCUGCGCAACACCAAGGCUGAGGACCAGUACUGCCAGCGCUUGGUGGAACAGUGCAGGAGCAGGCUUCUGACAGAAUUUGAAAGCUGGUACAACGAAUCAUACCUGAUUCCAGAAGAGGUGCAGAAUGCGCUGAGAGACAGAGGGUCAAUCAGACCAGGAAUGAUGCCCCUCAACAGAGUCUUGGCCUUAGAGGAGGAUGAGCAGGAGAGAUUUGAGCGGCUUCACCAGGAGUUACUGAGCAGCAGCCCAGGCUCCAUCUCCUUCUACAACGCACACAUGAGGACUCAGCAGCGGAAACACUACUUCAGAGCUAUGUCUCAGGCCCAGCCACAGAGAAAGAGAGCCGGAGUCAUCAUCCCUCAAAUGAAGAACAAACCCCCGUCUAGUCUCAUCUCCUCCUAGGUGAAACCCAAAUUGAGAGCAAUCCCACCCCCCAAAAUAUAAAUAAAUGCAUAAAUAAAUGGGGGUGGGGAAUUGCAGUUCAUGGUUACUUAUUAAAUGGUGGUGGUAUUAACAUCCCUUAAAAUUACAAAAUUGUAUUAUGAAUACAAGAUUAUUUUACCGGACAAAAACUUUAUUUCAAAGCCCUAUAUGUCUCACGUCCUCAAAUGUGCACUGUCACAGCAUCGCUUGCACCAACAGACAAAUACUAAAAUUAAAAGAGCAAUCUGAUGCAAAUAAAAUGGGAUUUACUGUUGAGCAGAAGAGCCUUUGCCUUGGUGCUCCUUACAUUUCAAUUUUCAAAUGUGAUGGCUCCAUUUACAUACAUUCUCCAGUUACUAAAAAGUAAGGAAGUAGCUUCAACAUGUAUUUAUUUUUUUGUCUCUUCUGUUUUAUGGUGUUUGCAAUCAUUCGGAGCAAUACAGUGCCAUGGAUUCUCUUCAGUGUGUAUGUGUGUGUGUGUUUGUGUGUGUGUGUGGGGGGGGGUUAGAAAAAACUAAAGCUGGACGCAAGAUCAGUUUGUAAAAUGAAAAGUAAACUUUAUUAUUCCUGAACCACAAAAUAGACUUCUUUGGUUGUACAAAUUCACUAGUUACAGUCUUGGAUGAUCAAACAUCCCCCCUCCCCACUUUUGGAACUCCCCAACAAAAAAAAAAAAAAAAAAAAAAAAAAAAAAAAAGAAAUAAAAAUCUAUGCAAUGUCUCAUGUAAAAAUGUAGCGAUUCCCAGUUGCCAGGAAAACCAUAGAGUGUUACCUAACCCAAAUCAACUCACAGAUUAGAUCCCAAACAAAACUGCAUUUAGAGAAAAAAAAGUAAAUAAAGAUUUAAAAAAGUUAAAAGUUAAAAUUAGUAAAUCAAAAUUAAAAGUUGGUGGUGUGUUUCUUGCUAGAACCAUCUGCAUUUGAUAAACAGUAGGAUUAAUGAUGAAUUUCCUAUUCCUCAAACCAUAUUAAAAAAAUGAUUAAAAAUCUUGGGGACGACACCGACAAUACAAGCUAAUUUCCUGUCUACAGACAACCAGUCUACAAAAAGUAUCCAGUAACUCUGCCAAUGUUGAAGGCUGUUAGAUUUCCACGGUGGUCAGCUCAGUUUUUCUUUCUUUCUUUAAUAUCUGUACAUUAUUCACACUAAACAGAGAAAAGUCUACGACUUGAAAACGUCUGCUACCUUCACUCGCCAAUCAAAGUAAGAAAUCAAGGGAAUAAUGUUUUGAUUAUAAAAAAAGUUUUGUUUUGUUUGUUUAAAUACAUUUCAAAAGUGGUCCUUGAAUAAAAGGUACAAUAGAUAGGCAGGGUGUUUUGAAAUACAGUUCUGCUUAAAAUGCUUUAAAAUUGUUUUCAUUUUUAACAGCUUUGGUAUACCCUGUGUAUCUGUAUAUGAGUCUACUGUAUGUCUGCAAAGUACAUGUGUCUAAGAGACUGGUCUUACAUUAAGCUCAAUGCUCCCUGGUAGAAUAGGAAUGUAUGACACAAACUGAAAAUCCUUGCCCAUUUUGAAACUAUUCUCAACAGGGACAACUUCCCCAAAGUAGUAACAAGAGAGUUCUAAUUUAGUCCACUUCCAAGUAUAAAUAGGCAGUUACAAGUGGGAAGUCCCCUAUAGCAAUGUGUGUGUGUGUGCCUAAAAGUAAACUGCAAACCAAAAACCCCAGCAUGUACUGAAAGCCUGGAAAUGCUGUACCCAAGCCUUUACACUAACAGUACAGUUUCUAAACUUUACAAAGGUUGAGGUCCCAAAAAAAAAAAAAAAUCAGGUUUUAGGGAAUGCAACCUUAGCACCUAAAGACUUCCUAAACACACUGAUUUAUAUUACCUCCUGCAAAUCUGCUUGGCCACAUACUUAAAAAAAAAAAAAAAAAAAAAAAAAAAAAAAAAAAAAAAAAAAAUAUAUCUAUCUAUCUAUCUCAUAAUAAUUAUUAUUACUGGGUCUAUCUUGUGCAUGGCACGUAUUUAAAAAUGUGUUUAUUCUGGCUUUUAAUUGUUAACAGCAGCUAGUUGUAGUACACCACCUUGGUUUAUUGUGUCAAGCCCUUACUGUACUGUGUACCUACAAUUCUGAACAUUUGUACAAGAAUCUAAAAUACAUUAUCUAAUAAUAAAUUACACUGAAAAAUGCUAACCCUUUUCAAUUAAAAACCAAUAGGGUUACAAUGUCAGAUGAUAGUAAUUUUUAAAGAAACCUCAAGCGGUUAACACAGCAGGGUGCAAAGCAGUGAAGGUAGCAGAGAAAUGACUUUCCCCUUAUCGCAAUAGGUAGUCUAAGCGACACUCGUAUUUACACUCAAAUUAACCCAGAAAGCUUCACACCUCCUUCCCAACCCCA